UUUCCUUUUCUGAAGAAAGAAAAGCUACUGUCAAUAACAUACAUAUACCAGAUUAAAAAAAAAAAGGACAAUAAUUUAUUUAUUUUUAUAAGAAAAGAAAAAGGAUGCCUCGUAUUUCUCAACGUGCCCUAGCAAGCGAGGCAGUUGUUGACCUUUCUUCAGUAAAUGAUAUUAAUGAAGGCAAAGUGAUAGACAUUCUUCGCUCCAAAUUUAUGAAUUAUAACAUUUAUACGUAUGUUGGCUCAUGUAAUAUUAUCGCCGUUAAUCCUUUUAAAUCUCUUGCACAAAAUGAUGCACAGACCAGCGAGGAAUAUGUAACAUCGUACAAAGACAUUUCAUCGACAGAAAAUCCUAUUAUGAAUCAUCGUUUAUUAAAUCCUCAUGUAUUUGAACUCGCUAAUCGUGCUUAUUUUCAUAUGAGACGUACAGGAAAUGAUCAAAUUAUAUCCUUCUGUGGUGAAUCAGGAAGCGGUAAAACAGAAUUACACCAAAUAGUAGUUGAGCAUCUUCUUCGACUUAGUGCGAAUAGAAAACGAUCAAAGACACAAGCACAAAUUAUAAAUGGGCAAAAGGUACUUCAGGCAUUCGGCUCAUCACGAACAACGUUUAAUGAAUCAGCUUCACGUUUCGGCCUUUAUACAGAGAUCCAUUAUAAUGAACGAGGCAAGAUUGUGGGUUCAAAAUAUCUUCAUUAUUUUCUUGAGAAAUCUCGUGUGACUAACAAUCGACCCUAUGAGGGCAACUUUAAUAUAUUUUAUUGGCUUUUAGCUGGUACGGAGCCUGAUGAAAAACAAGUCUUGCAACUCAAGGAGGAUCCAAAACAAUAUCUCUAUCUAGCACGUUAUGGUAGAUUACUUCAACCUGAAGAUAGUACAGCAUACAAUGAAUUUAAACAGGCAAUGCGAGCUGCAGGCUUUCGAAGAGAACAUUUUAGUCGUAUCAUUCAAUUAUUAGCUGCUAUUCUACAUUUAGGCAACGUUGAUUUUCUAGACCCCACUACAUCAGAUGAGGUGGUAACGAUUAAGAAUCGAGAAUCACUUGAUUUGGUAGCUGACUUCCUGGGUCUUGACUUGGGCGCCCUUGAGACGGUCUUGACGUUCAAGACGGCCAUGAUCGGUAAGGAUGUGACGACAUUAAUCUUGAAUGCAGAGCAGGCAUCCAUUCAACGUGACGAAUUGGCACAGACACUCUAUGGGCUCUUGUUUUCAUGGAUAGUCGAGCAUAUUAAUCAUAAGACUUAUACAGAUGAAUUUAAUAGCUUUAUUGGUGUUCUUGAUUUGCCAGGUACACAACCAUCCGGGUUUGGAUCAGUCGGGUUUGAACAAUUCUGUAUCGAUUAUGCGAAUGAACGUAUUCAUCAGUUUAUGAUCCAACGUCUCUUUGAGGAAGACAAUGAGCUAGAGAACGAAGGUAUUCAAGUCCCUUCAACGCCCUUUGUUGCCAAUAGUGAUUGUGUUGAGUUGCUUGACAGACCUGUUCGAGGUAUCUGUGCCAUCUUUAACAAAAUGUCUGAAAAGACAGUGAGUGGCAAACGUGUCUUUACGGAUUCGAAUGCUGUAGAUAGCAUCACAAAGUACAAUAAUGAAAAUCCUGCACUUUCAUCAAAGAUAUCCGAGACGGGUGCUCGUCAGUUUGCUAUCCAACAUUUUUCAGGUCAGGUCACAUAUGAUCCUCAGGGGUUCAUCGUGAAGAACAACAACCAAUUGCUCGUCGAUUUCAUUGCUCUCUUUAGAGGGAAUGCGGAUAUGCCUGCCUCUUGGAACUCAUUUGCUCUCGAAUUGUUCUCGGAUGAGAAUUUGGCAAUCGAAAGUCAUCCCUUAGGUGCUCUCACGGACAUGGUAACAACACAGCAGUCUGCGAAACCAACACGUCAACCCUCUAUGCGACAAAGUAAACGUAAAGCAGCGAAAAAGGAAAAGGAGACAAAGAAAAACGAGGAGAGUGGUAAGAAGACAGUCUUGGCACAGAUUCAGUCUGCCAUGGAUGACCUCAUCAAUUCCUUUCAAGAGGCUACCCUUUGGUCUGUCUUUUGUAUCAGGCCAAAUUCCACAAGUAAUACAACACAAUUUGAUGAUUUGGUUGUGCAAUCUCAAGUGAGAGCAUUCAAUUUGGGUUCAUUAGCGUCCAAGAUGCAAUAUUUUUAUUUGCUCUCUAUGCCUCAUCAAGGAUUUUUGUCAAGGUAUGCGGUCCCCCUGAGUAAUUUAGGAUUAAGUCAUAAUGGAAGUCCACAGGAUCAAUGUAUUUCAGUAAAGGAAUUAAAUCAGUGGACAGAUAAAGACAUGGCAAUUGGCACAACAAAGGUAUUCCUAAGUUAUCAUAGCUGGCAUUCACUUGAAGAAAAAUUACGUUUACUAGAAAAACAAGAUCAAAAGGGUCUAAAGAUGUUGGAGACAAACAUUGGUUUACCAUCUGUAUUAGACAAUGAAGAAGUAACAGAUAUUCAGACUCGUGAGGUACCCUUACCGGCUGCCCUCGGUGAAUCAAAUAUAACAAAUGAUUCACUCCCUUUACCCUCUAUUGCAGGCUACUCUGAUCGUCGUGGAUCUUAUUUCUCGGAUGAUCCUCAUAAUGAUUCAUUUUACAGACAAAGCCAAUAUACAGAAUCAAGACUUGGUGGUGGUAAUGAAUCUGCAUAUAACUUUGGCAUUGUAGAUCCAACCAGUUUCAUGACGCCCUUACAGCAACCAAUACCAGAAAAGGCCGAGUUGGAUACAACAGAGGAAGAGAAAGAAUCGAUGACACCCGGUCGUCGACGAUGGCUUUGGAUUGUUUGGGCACUUACCUUUUGGAUUCCUAACGUCUUUUUAAUCAAAUGUGGACGCAUGAAGCGUAAGGAUGUACGUAUCGCCUGGAGAGAAAAAUUAGCACUUUGUAUUAUCAUCACCUUUAUGUGUGGGUUUGUCAUUUGGUUUUUAGUCUUUUUCAGUGUCAUCAUUUGUCCAAAGGAGAAUGUGUUUUCAAUCAAUGAAUUAGCAAAUCACAACACUAAGGAUAGUAGCUAUGUUGCAAUUCGUGGCGAGGUAUUUAAUUUGGGCAAGUUUGCAUCCCAUCAUUAUCCAAGUGUCGUGCCAACAUCAGCUGUUCUGUCCUAUGCUGGUAAAGAUGCCACAGAUCUAUUCCCUGUCCAAGUCUCUGAUCUCUGUGAGAACGUCUCACCUUAUGUCUCUCUUGAUUAUCAAAAGAAUUAUACGGAUCCAAAUGCACAAUACCACGAUUUCCGCUUUUGCACGGGCCAUUAUCGUAAGAAUUGGUACUACGACCAGAUGACGAUGUUACGUAUAAAUUACAAGGAAGGUAACAUGGGUGUUGAAUGGAAGAGCAUCCGAGACCAAGCACAGGGGAAUUAUCAUUUAAAUGGCGUGAAGAUGAACCGUAAUUGGGCUGUGAUCAAUAACCAUAUUUAUGACUUGACCAAAUAUAUGAUGGGAGGUCGAUACCUGGAGGCACCACCAGGACAGACAGUACCGGCUAACGUUAGUACAGAUUUUUUAGCUGCCUCUGUUGUUAAUCUCUUUGUUCAAUACUCCGGUAUGGAUAUCACUCAACAAUUCAAUCAGCUCGAUUUAAGUGAUGAACGUAAGAAUCGUGAACUCGUCUGUCUCCGAAAUCUCUUUUAUGUAGGCCUGGUUGAUAAUCGUAACUCACCUACUUGUCAAUUCUCUACCUAUUUCUUACUUGUCGUCACCCUCUGUCUCUGUAGUGUUAUCCUUUUCAAAUUUAUAGCCGCUAUUCGAUUCAAGUCUACUCGUAUGCCUGAGGAGUUGGAUAAGUUUGUUAUCUGUCAGGUGACUUGUUAUACAGAAGACGAAGAAUCAUUGCGAAAGACAAUUGAUUCCCUGGCUACACUGCGUUACGAUGAUAAGCGUAAACUGAUUAUCGUCAUCUGUGAUGGUAUGAUCGUCGGUAGCGGUAAUGAUCGACCUACACCCCGUAUCGUUUUGGAUAUCUUUGGUGUGGAUCCACAGGUGGACCCUGAGGCGUUAUCGUUUGUUUCGGUAGGUGAAGGCUUGAAGCAGCACAAUCGUGCCAAGAUUUACUCGGGUCUUUAUGAGGUAAGCGGACACGUUGUCCCUUAUUUGGUCAUCGCCAAAGUAGGUGCCCCUCAAGAACGUCAAAAGCCUGGUAAUCGUGGUAAACGUGACUCACAACUAAUCAUGAUGGAGUUCCUGAAUCGUGUUCAAUAUGCUGCACCUAUGAAUCCUAUGCAACUUGAAAUAUACCAUCAAAUGCGAAACGUAAUUGGUGUCAGUCCUGAGAUGUAUGAAUAUCUUCUGAUGGUGGAUGCAGACACAGAGGUCAUGCCCGAUGGUCUUAAUUUCUUAGUCUCUAGUAUGGGUCAUGACGGUAAAAUCAUCGGCGUCUGUGGUGAGACGACAUUAGCGAAUGAAAAGGAUACAUGGGUUACGAUGAUUCAAGUCUAUGAAUACUUUAUCUCACAUCAUAUGAUUAAGGCCUUUGAAUCCCUUUUCUCCACUGUAAGUUGUUUGCCUGGUUGUUUCACGAUGUAUCGUAUUCGAUCUGUGGAUGGUAAACGCCCCCUCUUUGUAAGUACAGAAAUUAUCGAUGAUUAUAAGAUAAAUGUGGUCGAUACACUUCAUAAAAAGAACUUGCUUUAUCUCGGUGAGGAUCGUUAUUUGACUACUUUACUCUUGAAGCAUUUCCCCAACUACAAGACCAAGUUUAAUUCAGAUGCACACUGUAAGACAAAUGCACCUGAUCGUUGGAGUGUGCUGGUGUCACAACGUCGUCGUUGGAUCAACUCUACUGUACAUAACCUUGGUGAACUCGUCUUUUUACCUCAACUCUGUGGUUUCUGUUGUUUCUCGAUGCGUUUCGUCGUUAUGAUCGAUCUUAUCAGUACUCUGGUACAACCCGCUCUUCUUGGUUAUUUAGGUUUCUUGAUCUAUAAACUUGUUGAAGCACGUAAUAAUAUCCCUUACAUUACCAUCAUUACACUCUGUUGUACCUAUGGUCUUCAGAUUAUCUUGUUUAUCAUUUACCGUCGUUGGGAGUACAUUGCCUGGUUCUUUUUGUCCAUCUUGGCAUUACCCGUCUUUUCAUUUUAUAUCCCUAUCUAUGCCUACUGGCACUUUGAUGAUUUCUCAUGGGGUAAUACGCGUAUCGUCGUGGGUGAGAAAGGUCAAAAGGUCGCUGUGGGUGACGAAGGUGACUUUGACCCCAAGACGAUACCACUUAUGACUUGGGCUCAAUAUGAAAAGGUAAUGUUGGCAGAGGCCUAUAGUGAUGUCGUCUCUCAAAGUAGUUAUCCAAUGGGUCCACCUAUGUCUGUUCAUGAUGGCGGUGCCUAUUCAGUUGCUGGUGGAUAUUCAAUCUAUAGUGGUGGUGGUCCUACUUAUUCUGUAGUCUCAGGACAUUCAAUGCCUCGUCAAAGAUAUGGUCCACCUACAAUGAAUCAUUCUCCUCCAUCAUAUUAGAAG